CCUCACCUAAUAACAAAGUAUUCUUCAUUUCUUCUUAUUCAAUUAUUAUAGUAAAUUAAUAAAUCCCUUCUAGAACCAAAAAGAAAAUCGCUUCUCAUGUGAAUUCAGCUUUUGUGUUUCCAGCCCAGCACCAGAAUACAGAAUUGCCACUGUGGUGCCUCACCACAAAAAAAGGUUACCAUUAUGCAUCCUCCAAUUGUGAGGGAUUGGAUUCCACAUUUGACAUUUUUUGUUUUAAUACAAAUAUUAGUUUAUGUAACGGUCCACAAUUUUCAACUUAUGAAAUGAAAUGCAUCAACAAAGGUGAAAGUUGGCAAUCCAUCAAACUAAAAUGAAUUGCCAUCAAAUUAGUAUAUGUUUGUUUUCACAUUUGAGUUGAAAACUUGUCUAUAUAUAUAUUCUUUUUGCUUUGCUAUAGUUGCAUAUAUACUUAUAAUAAUGGGUGAUAGAUUAAAAGCCAGAAAAAGCAAAAGCAGUUAUUUCCCAUUUACCAGAAAUAGUACUGAUGGUGCUUGCUUUGAUCAUCAUAAGUUUCUUAGUUCAAAACAUACUAUGGAAAAAGAACUUGCCUGCAUUCGUUGCAAACGAAAGUUUGUAGUACCAACAAAAAUAGGUACAUAUCGUUGCUGUGAGUGCCAAGGUGUUAGCAAAUCGAUUUCAGGUUAUAAGCAAUUAAGAGAAAAUAGUUUAGGAGCCAAAUUUUUCAACCAAGAUCAACUACACAAUGCUAGCACAAAUGCAACAAGUUUUUCCUCACCCUUGUUGUCCACAACUCCAACUGGUAACAAGCGCGCGGUUCUUUGUGGAGUUAGUUACAGCAGAAGACGAUACAGGCUCAAGGGAACCGUUAAUGAUGUUGUAAACAUGAACUCUCUACUGGUUGAGAAUUUUGCAUUCCCAAUUCAAUCCAUACGUGUCCUCACAGAAGAACAGAAGGAUCCAAAUUUGAUUCCAACAAGGAGGAAUAUAGUGGAAUCUUUAAAGUGGCUGGUGAAGGAUUGCCAAUCAGGAGACUCGUUGGUAUUCUACUUCUCCGGACAUGGUAUGCAACAACUGGCAGAUGACAAAGAAGAUGAAAUUGAUGGACUUGAUGAAACUAUUUGCCCUGUUGAUUUUAUUAGAGAAGGAAUGAUCACUGACAAUGAAAUCAAUUCUACCAUUGUUGAGCCACUCAAGAAUGGUGUUAAACUUCAUGCUAUUAUUGAUGCUUGUCAUAGUGGAACAACUCUUGAUCUCAUGCAUGUUUAUAAAAAGGACAAUGGCAAUUGGAAAUGGAUGAAUAAUAAUCCCCCCGGCACAGAACCUGUUACUAAACGUACAAAUGGUGGAACAGCCAUUUGCUUCAGUGCUUGUGAAGAUAGUCAGUUGGCUGCUGAUACAGCAGUAAGAAUAGUUUUUUUUGUUUUUUUUUAUUUUUUUUUUAUCUGUUUUUUCAACGCAAUAGACAUACUUGUCCACUUCCUUCUUUUCUUGAGUUGUGACCAACCUGUGCAGGCUUUUGGAGGAAAAGAGAUGAACGGUGUUAUGACCUAUCUUUUAGCAAAAAUAAUCAGAGAACAUUCUGGGAUUACAUAUGCCAGUUUGCUAGAAAAAUUGCACGAGGAUAUUGCCAAGAUUCAACGAAGCAAACACUUCAGCGGGUUCUUGAGACGUAUUUUUCACCGUAGAAUUGACCAGGACCCUCUUUUAUCAGCAUCGGAGAAAUUUGAUGUUCGUACGAGAAUAUUAUUUUGAGCAUGCACAUUGAAACAAAAAAAGAAAAAACUUAAAUUGGCAUAUGGCCACAUUCUUAAUGAUGUGAUCUACUCUGCAGCUCAUUGAGCUAAAGCAGGAAAGUUAUUAUUGCAUCAGCUAUCAGCCAUAUAUUACAUCAGUUAUUCAAAGUUCUUGAUCAGUCCAUAUCUUAUCAAUGUAAUUUACUUAUUAAACACUGUAUCUAUUUACAACAUACCAUAACUUACAUGAAGUUUAUUCUAAAUUCGUUUUGCGAGAGCUACACAACUAACUCUCAUCUUCUGAGGAGUUUGAUAUCAAUUCAAAGUUGGUUCGGUUCUAAUGUGAUACAUAACAUAACAGGCCCGGGAGGUUUAUCCUGUUGGAAGAAAAAGAGUAGUGUCCAGUUGGUGAGAUUUGGUUUUAAUAAAACAAGGGAAGUAGUAUAUUGUAUUCAUGUAUUGUAUUGUGUUGUAUUGUAUUCUAUUGUUUCAUUUGGUUUUCUAAACACUACUUGUUCCUAAAUGUUGAUGCAGAUUAAGAUAUUUUGAACUCGUGUAGAUGUUUGUCCCCCUAAUAUGUAUAUUUAUGAUUUAUAUAGCUAUCUAUUUUGCAUUGUUGAA